AUGUCUUACCAACAAAUGACUGAAAAAGAUGUAACACCAACAAACAAUAAUGAUAGUGCAUACAAAAAAACAAGUGAAAAUAUAAAUAAAAAUUCAAAUAACUUUUUCACAGGUAUAAAGAGUACCGUUAGCACAAAUGAAUCGCUACAAUCGGAUCAACAACAACAACAACAGCCACAGGCUCCAAAAACAUUUGUCGAUGGUGUCUUCAAAGGGUUAGUUUCAAUUGGUUCCGGAAUCAUUAAUGGUACCAAAGGUGUUGUUGUUGAACCGUAUAGAGGUGCAAAGAGAGAAGGUGUAGCAGGAUUUGCAAAAGGUGUAGCAAAAGGUGUAGGAGGUGUAGUCUUGCUACCGGUCGUGGGUGUAAUGGAAUUCGUAUCAAUGACAACACAAGGUAUCAUGAACACACCAUUAACAGUUAUCGAGGCAAUGAAAAACGCACCAAAAGAAGAAACUAUGGAACUAACUUCGAUUGAACAUUGCUUAUUUUUCGGUAUCAGUCUUGAAGAGUCAAUCUUGAGAUGCAAAGAAAAAGGUGUUCCACAUCUUAUCACUAUAUGCUUAGAAUUCUUGACACUAAGAGUAAAUCAUGAAGGAAUAUUUAGAUUAUCUGGUUCAAAAACAGAGAUAGAUAAGUUUCAAACACAAUUUGAUAAGGGUGAAAUUAAUUCGGUCGGUCAGUUGGACAGCUUCAAGGUCAAUGAGAUCGCAGGGCUAUUUAAACAGUAUUUUCGAUUUACACCUGAUCCAAUAGUACCAAAGAAAACAAUCAAGAAACUAAUGGAGAUUCAAUCGAAACCCGCCGAUCAAAAUGAAAAGAUCUCUGCACUCAAACAUGGUGUUUGCCAUAUGGAUGAACCAUACUACAGUGUUUUGUAUAGAUGCACUGAAUUGCUCACCAAGAUUGCAGAGAAUUCAAAAGAAUCACUUAUGACCCCUAGUAAUCUAUCAAUCGUCUUUGGAGUGAGUUGGUUACGUCCAGAGAAUGAACUUCAACAAAUUGCAGAUGCCAACACCGUCGUUUUUCAUUUAAUUUCCAAUUUCCCACAAAUCUUUACAAAGAAACCAUCUGUUGUUCUAUAA